AUGAAUAAGCGCCAGCUCUUCCUCAAUCUCUGGCUCUAUCCGGGGUUCAAGGCCGCCUUCGCCGGCGCUUGGAAAGCUGCUCGUGGGCGCAUGCUGGGAGAUGCUAUGCUGGAGGCUAUGGUGAGGAGGAGAAGUAAGCAGAUCGCGUCAGCCGCCAAAAAUGAUCUCGAGAUCUGGCGCAGAACCAACAGAUGUGGCUUCUGGCGCUGCUGUGCGCCUGAGGAUACACAUAGCUUCGACAAAGCUUCUGAGCACCUGUCUCAAUACCUCGUGUUACGCGCUCGCUGGAUUGAUGCGAACGUGGGUGCAAUGCCCGGAAAGCUCAUCCAGUGCCUCAAGAGCGUGGCGUGCUCCAAUCCGGUUGUGCUCAUCGAUGAGAUUGACAAGCUUGGCCGAGAUAUGCGGGGUGAUCCGUCCUCGGCACUACUGGAAGUGUUGGAUCCGGAGCAGAACAACAGCUUCCGCGACCACUAUCUCGAUGUGCCGGUGGACCUCUCCAACAUCCUCUUCCUGAGCACGGCGAACGUCCUGGAGACCAUCCCAACGCCACUCUUGGAUCGGAUGGAAGUCAUUCGAAUUGCCGGCUACGUGUUUGAGGAGAAGCUUGUGAUUGCCAACAAGUACUUGAUCCCCCAGACGGAGGAGCAGAGCGGUGUCGGUACGGAGCGGAUCCAAAUGCAGGAGGAUGCUCUCCACAAGAUGAUCAAGGACUAUGCCCGUGAGGCUGGCGUGCGCAACUUACGACAGCUGCUGGAAAAGGUCAGCCGCAAGGCGACACGGCCGCCGAUCUCGGGGUAG